AAUAACGAUGAUAUGUUGGCGUGCGGUAGCCGAACAAUCCCAAUCCCAAAGCCAUCCCGAUUCCUGGCCACGCUUAGCACUAGCAGCAGCAUCUCUGCCCCUGCCUUUCCCUCCCUCCACCUGGCUUGCAUUGCCACUGCCGCUGCUCACCUCCUCCUUCCUCCAGCCACUGUCACUGCCAGCUCUCCCUCGCCGCUAGCCAAAGAAGAAGAAUAAUUCGUUGUAGAAGAGAAGAGAGAGGCGAUGGCAGCGACCUCGCCCUGCAUGAUUGCGCUGCUGCGCAGCAGCGGGCACCGCUGGCGCCUUUCGCCCUCCGCCACCGCCACGUCGCCGCCCCGCCUCCGCACGCUUCCUCCCUGCCGAUGCCGACUCAAUCCCUCCUCCUCCUCUUCCUCCUCCAACCGCCCUGCCGCCGUCUCCAUGGCUCCCUCCAAUCUCCGCCACGGCCUCAUCGCCCCCGUCCACGCCACCGCCGCCGGAGGAGGAGGAGGAGGCGCCGCCACCGCCCCUUCCUCGGGGCUGCCCAGCCUCGUCGGGGCCGUCCAUCUGGUGGUGUCGCUGGGGAUCGUGCUGGCCUCCGACAAGUACCUCAAGCAGGCCUUCGCGGCGGCGGCCAUCAAGUUCCCCAGCGCCCUCUUCGGCAUGUUCUGCGUCUUCUCCGUGCUCGUCGUCCUCGACGCCGUCGCGCCCGCGCUCGCCAAGGGGUUCAUGGACUUCUUUGAGCCCGCCACCCUCUUCAUCCAGAGGUGGCUCCCCCUCUUCUACGUCCCCUCCCUCGUCGUCCUGCCGCUCGCCGUCAGGGACGUCCCGGCUGCUUCCGGCCUCAAGAUCUUCUUAAUCACCUUCGGUGGCUGGUUCGCCUCACUCACGGUAGCUGGAUACACAGCGCUGACCGUGAGAAAGAUCGUCAAGACGCAGCUUAUACCGGCCGAGCCCAUGAGCAAGCCGUCCCCUUUCGCGACGCUCGAAUUCUGGGCGUGGGGCGCCAUCUUCGUCGCGUCGUUCGCGGCCGCGUACGUUAACCCCACGGCGCUCGGCACCACGGCAAGGACGUGCCUCCCUUUCCUCCUCGCCUCAACCGUACUGGGAUACAUGGUUGGUUCUGGGCUGCCAUCUGGUGUGAAGCAAGUGCUGCACCCGAUCAUCUGCUGUGCACUCUCUGCGGAUUUGGCGGCAGUGGCGUAUGGGUAUCUCUCCCGGUCUGGAGUUGAUGCAGUGCUAGGUGAUUACCUCACAAAAACUCCAUCUAAUCCUGGAGCUGGUGACGUCCUGAUGGGGUUUCUUGGCUCUGUUAUCAUAUCGUUUGCAUUCUCAAUGUUCAAGCAGAGAAAGCUCGUGAAGAGGCACGCGGCGGAAAUUUUCACAUCAAUUGCCAUCGCGUCGACAUUCUCGUUGUACUCGACUGCCGUCCUAGGACGGUUGAUAGGGCUAGAGCCCACAUUGACCUUAUCAAUAUUACCGAGAUGUAUAACCGUGGCGUUGGCUCUGAGCAUUGUGUCUUUCUUCGAAGGUGUAAAUUCUUCGCUAACCGCUGCGGUCGUCGUCCUCACCGGGCUGAUCGGUGCAAACUUUGUGCAAGCAGCCAUGGACAGGCUUGGACUCAACGACCCCAUCGCACGGGGAAUAGGGACGGCUUCCAGUGCUCAUGGACUGGGAACAGCAGCGCUGUCAGCCAAGGAGCCCGAAGCGCUGCCCUUCUGCGCCAUCGCUUACGGGCUCACGGGGAUCUUCGGCUCCCUCAUUUGCUCGGUUCCGGCCGUCAGGCAGAGCUUAGUCUUCAUAGCUGGCUGACGACGCCUACGGUAGAGCAUCACCUUUUCUCUUUCUUUCUUUCUUUCUUUUUCUUAUUCCCUGCAGGAUUGUUCGCGUUUCUUUCUUUUGGAUCAGCAUGUAUAGAGCGAUGCUCGCAAGAAUACAUGUAUACAGAGUUACAGAAACAUUUUUUUUAAAUGUAUCUUGGUUGUAAUAAGAAGCUAAGAGGGUACUUUCCAUCCUAAAAUGUAAUUAUUUCUAGAGCUAGAGCUGAAUAGAAGAAUUAAGAAACUGGGUGAGAAUUAUGGAGAAAAAUUGGGAUUGACCAAGAAGAGAACGUAGGUAGAAAAAAUAAGUGAAGAAUGAUUUUGA